CGUGUCUCUAGUCUGCAGAGGCGGAAGUAGACGUAUAGCUGCUGUUGCUCGGCUAACAACCUUUCGGCUACGUUAAACUCAAUAGUUCAUCAUGGUGACGGAUGUACAGCUGGCCAUAUUUGCCAACAUGCUGGGGGUGUCACUGUUCCUCCUGGUGGUGCUCUAUCACUACGUGGCUGUCAACAACCCCAAGAAGCUUGAAUGAUAACAUCAAGAUGACUCGGAAGGUGAACAUUGAGACUGGGGACCAUCGAACGAAACGGAAGAUGAUGCAGCCUGUAAAAUUGUUUUGUAUGAAAAUGUUAAUAAAUCUGUAAAUGUUGAA